GUUGAUAUCAAAACAUAUCGAACAGAAUAGAACUAAAAUAAAAUUUCCUCAUUUUUCAAUUUUUACCUUUUAUUCGUACUCAUAUCCAUGAUAUACAUAUGGGGUCCUUCUAUUGCCACCAUAUAAGUGAAUGCAGCACGAGCAAUAGAGAUGGACAGAAAGGAAGUUAGUGAAAUUUUAUUGAAGGCACGUGAGACGAUUGAGUCAUGUGAUAAGACAAUAAAUGAAGUAAGGGAAGUGCAUCGUCGAAGUGCAGAAGAAUUAAGACGUAUGUCGGAUGUGCUAAGUUUUGGACAUUUUAGAUUCUCUGUUGAUCCAAUUCCAAUUGAUAAAAAAGAUAUUGGCCAUGGUGUUAGUAAGAUCUCACUGGGACAGGAACCUCCAGUGCAAGAGGAAAUUAAAGAGAAGAAUAAAUCACGUAAAUCGAGAAUGUUAGCAGCAAUGCUGAAGCGAAAUUCAACUGCAACUUAUGAUUUAUCGUCUCUGACGUAUUCCACUGAACGGAUAAAAAAGGAUGAGAUGUUUAAACGUGAGGAUGCCAAAAUUAAACCAUCGCCAUUGAUUCUCGUGGAUAAAAAUCAUGAAACAAUUGGAAAUGCAGCAACAACAAAAGCACAAGAACGUCGACAAGCGUUUGGCAAAUCGAAUAUGUCGCGUCUUCAGAAGACUCGUUAAUUGAACAACGAACCAUGAUGACUUCUACAUCUCAUCCCACGCGAUACUUACCAAAAUAUUUUCUCCUCACUGCCAUUUUUUUGUUAUGCACAAUUCUUUUUUGGCUAUGAACUGAUAAAAAAAUUUAAUGAUAAUAAAAAUUUAUAAAUUAUUAGCGACAUCAGACGAAUAAAUUUCUUGUUCUGGC